CAACCAACCCAACCCUUCCAACCAACCCAACCGAUUCAACCAACCCAACCCUUCCAACCAACCCAACCAAAUCCACCAGUUCAACCAAACCCUCCAGUCCAGCCGAGCCCACCCAUUCAGCCGAGCUGGCCUGCUCAACUACCCACCCCGACGGGUUACCUGCCCUCUCCAGUCCCUCCGGCAUGGCACGGUAAUCCCGGUCAGCCUGGUUGGCCCGGUCAGGGGCCCGCAGGAGGAGCGCCGCAGCAGUGGCCCCCGGCACCAGCCAUCGCUCCUGUAACGGUUCCUUUCAACAUGAAUUUCCCCCGCGGCAUCUACGACAAGCUGAUGCUGACCAUCAGAGGACAGAUUAAACCAGACGCCAAGAUGUUCACGAUCAACUUCCUGCGCGGGAACGACAUCGCUCUCCACAUCAACCCGCGCUUCAGUGAGGGCGGGAAACCGGUUCUGGUCCGCAACCACAAACUGGGAGAACGCUGGGGGAAGGAGGAGCGGGAUCUUCUGUCUCCGUUCCCCUUCAUGCCCGGUCAUCACUUUGAGAUGAAGAUCCUCUGCACAUUCACCGAGUUCAAGGUGGCCGUCAACAACACGCCGGCCUUCGACUUCCAGCACCGCAUCAAAGAGGUCAACCAGAUCGACCGCAUCAACAUCCUGCACGACGUCACGCUCACGUCCGUCAACGUGGAGACGCUCCCAUGAGCCUCAGCGAACCAAACCGAGCAUAUUAAAGAACAGCGGCGUCACACAGCGUCCAGAGGCCCCAAAGAAACACAAACCUUCACCGGCUCUCGUGCAUUCUGACCCGGAGAGGAAUUUCUUCUUCACAAAAAUGCUAGUUAAUGUUUUCACACUGGACUAAAACUUAUUGACUGCUCACACAAAAAAUGAUUAUUUUGGGAUUUUUUUUGUUUUGUUUUUUCAAACUAAAACCUUGUUAGGUGUUUCUAGUCAAAAAUGACCAGCCUACAAAAAACUGCUUAUAAUGUUCUCAUUAUUAUUGCUAUAUUAUUACCAAAUACUGAAUUUAAUCUUUUCGUCUUGUUUCUUAUCUAUAAGCACAGGCUUCAUGUUUCUUUUUGGAGCUGAUUGAUUGGAUUGAAGUGUUAAGUGAAAGUUUUAGAAAUAGAGGUUUUCUUUUGCAAAACAAUGGGACAUUAACUAACAAAGAAAUACUAACAUCAUUCCUUUUAUUCUGUCAUAUCGGUAAAGUAUAACAAGAUCCAGAUGUCUGAGAAACUUGAGAAUCUGUCACGGAUAAACUUAUCAUUUGUGCUGAAUGUAAUGUGUCUUACAGUACAGUAUAAUCAAUUCAACAGAAGAACACUAAUAUAUUCAAGACCCCACUAAUAAUGAGUGUGAAUUAAAGUAUUAUUUUAAGCCAAUGUGAAUGAAUCAGAAAUGUCAUCUACUCACAUUUAUAACAUAUUUCAGUUUAUUGUGUAAGAAAUCAGGUCAAACAAACAAACACUGAUAAAUAAAUAAUUCAUGUCUGA